AUGGACAUAGAAUCGAUGAGUGCCGAAUUCGCCGAGAUACCAUCUGUGACCGUACGCCCAGACGAGGUACCGCCUGGCUGCGAGGACAAGAAUCGGUACUCAAACGUGCUACCGCUACCGGAAACCAGGGUACCUCUGAAGAGGAUUGGGAACGAUCCCACGACUGAGUACAUCAACGCCAAUUAUGUAACUGGGCCCGGUAAUAUUCGUAACUAUUACAUAGCCUGUCAAGCGCCACUAGCAAAUACAGUAAUGGAUUUUUGGCGCAUGAUCUGGGAGCAAAACUCUAGGUUAAUUGUCAUGCUAACAGAAUACAUGGAAAAUGGCGUGGAGAAAUGCUAUGAGUACUUGCCACCUUCAGAGAUCUCAGACAACAAGCGUACAUUCGGCGAUUUCCAGAUCAUUCUAAAGAAGCGCGAACAGCGUGAUAAGUAUGCAAUUUCUAGUAUUCAGCUGAUAAACAUGACCACUAGGACUUGGAGGGAGGUCACCCACCUGUGGUACUUCUGGCCGGCAAAAGGCGUGCCGGAUGAUUACGAUUCGGUGAUAGACUUCUUGUCCGAGAUGAGGAGCUACAUGAAAAUUUCGCAGACAGCUAAAGAAUAUGAUGAAGACGGAGUAGAAGUGAUAUACGGUGAUCAGAAUCGCUCGUCUUUCAACAAUUUGUCUAAGUUGAGGAGUGACGAAACUGGUUCCGGGAAUGGUGUGAAUGUUUACUCUCCAGCCAAAGCUGAGGAGAUGAUGCGACGGGGGCACGCCACCAACGGCACUCUCGGCAGGAUGAAGGCCGCAUCCGAAGUGGAAGGUGAUUGAAGACUAUAUUUCUUAUGUGUGGAUUCGUAAUUACGAAUACGUGAUAACUUCGUGUCAAAGUCAUCCUAAUAUAAUAAAUAUAAAACCAAAAUAUUGUAAUAUGAAGCACGACAAAAAGUUUAUUUGUAUCCAUAUUACAAAUUAUUAUUUCAGAAAUUCGUUAA